AUGGCGGGCUCGGCGGUGCUCAAGGGGACUCCUGGGGGGUUGGGCCCCGCGGAGCCCGAAGACGCGCGCGGCGGGCCCUGCUCAGAGCACGGCGACCGCGUGGUUGAGCUCUUCUGCCGCCGCUGCCGCCGCUGCGUGUGCGCGCUCUGCCCGGUGCUGGGCACCCACCGCGGCCACCCGGUCGGCCUGGCUCUGGACGAGGCGGCGCGCGUGCAGAAAUUCACCCACGAGUGUUUAAAGCAUUUGGCGACCAAGAAGCAGCAGCAAGUUGACAACAUAACCCAGAUAGAAGAUGCUGCUGAGAAGCUCAAGGCUCAUGCAGAGUCAAGUAAAACCUGGCUGACCGGGAAAUUUACUGAACUCAGAUUACUACUUGAAGAAGAGGAAGCUCUGGCCAAGAAAUUCAUUGAUAAAAACACACAGCUUGCCCUGCAGGCGUACACGGAGCAAAUCAAGUCCUGUGGGGAACAAAUUGAUGUCAUGAACACUCUGUCCAGCAGGGUCUGGACGAUCAGCCAAGAAACUAAUCCCACUCGGCUGCUGCAGGAGUACACGGCCGCCGAGCAGCAGGUACAGCAGCAGAUGAGCCUGGGGGAGCUGUGCCACCCCGUGCCCCACUCUUUCGAGCCUGUCAAGAGCUUCUUUAAGGGCCUCGUGGACGCCAUGCAGAGCCUGCUGCAGACGCCGCUGGAUGUCCGCCUUAAGGAGAGUAGGAACUGUCAGCUCUCGGGCUCCUCCUGCGUACAGCCGGGUUCCUUGUUGAAAACAAGCCCUUCACCAGAGCGAUCACUCUUCUUAAAAUACGCGCGCACGCCCUGUCUGGAUCCGGACACGAUGCACGCGCGCUUGCGCCUUUCUGCUGACCUCCUGACGGUGCGCUGCGGACUCCUCGGCCGCCUGGGACCCACUCCCGCGCUGCGUUUCGACGCGCUGUGGCAGGUGCUGGGCCGCGACUGCUUCGCCGCCGGCCGCCACUACUGGGAAGUGGACGUGCAGGAGGCGGGCGUCGGCUGGUGGGUGGGCGCGGCCUACGGCUCCCUGCGGCGCCGCGGGGCCUCGGACGCCGCCCGCCUGGGCUGCAACCGGCAGUCCUGGUGCCUCAAACGCUAUGACCUUGAGUACUGGGCCUUCCACGACGGCCAGCGCAGCCGCCUGCGGCCCCGCCACAACCCUGACCGGCUCGGCGUCUUCCUGGAUUACGAGGCCGGCGUCCUGGCCUUCUACGAUGUGACGGGCUGCAUGAGCCACCUACACACCUUCCGGGCCGCCUUCCAGGAGCCGCUCUACCCGGCCCUGCGGCUCUGGGAAGGGGCCAUCAGCAUCUCCCGGCUGCCCUAGUGGCCGAGACCCUCGUGAGCGCCUCGGGCUCUCCACGGCUCUGCUCUCACCGCAUCCAGACGGAGCUGGUCUACGGCCUCCGCCGUAAGCGUUCCCGUCCUCUCCCCCACCAGUCCUGGCCUGUGCUUUGUACAGCUCCUCUUCAAGCGGGCCCUAAGCCUGCAGGUCCCCUCCUGCCGCUCUCUCACGCGACCUCGCCGCCGCCGCCAGGACUCUCACUACACUGCCUGUAAUUCAGGUUCCCGAAAGCAGGCGGCCACAGGUGAGCCUUAAGCACCCUGACCGUGUCAGUGACCAUGAUCCCCAGCAUCCGCUCACAUACCACCCAGAACUGCCUGGCACACGGUAGGCGCAAGGUAAAUGUGUGAAUGAGCGGGAGUCGCUGAGACUCUUCCAUCCCUUAGUGUCCCUUGGGUCUGCUUCCUGCUCUUCACUCUCCUCCAGCUUGUCCAUGUCACCUCCCUUAGGAGCAGCUGCAAGAGGUCCUUACCACCUCCUGGCCUGAACACUUUCCCAAGCUCAUUUUCUGCCUUAGAGCCAGUGUCCUGCCUGUAACCUCACUUAACUUCUUAGGACUAUCAAAAGCUUCCCAAAGACUCCAGUGGGGAGGGGGACGGGGGAAUCCCUUUACCCUAGCAUUCAAGACUUUUCUAGUCUGCCCCAGGGUACAUACCCUCAUCUAGCUCCUACUGCUCUUUUCAGAGACCCUUCAGUCAGAACUGGGUUCAUAUGGUUCUACCUGUAUAUGGUCGCCAUGGCCGUUUCCCAUACAAACACAUUUAUACAGGAAAGCCCUUUCUUCUUUUUGCCUGUCUGCCCGCCCCAGGCUUAACUGCCCCAGGAAGUCUCCCCAAACCACAAGAAAUCCAGAGUCUGGGACCUGUCUUUCCAGUUAGAUUGGAAGAUUUCUAAGGGCAGCCAUGUCCUACGCCCUUCUCACCCUGAAAAAUUCAGAAUGUCCCUUCCCUCCAAGGCAGUGAGUUGAUGACCACUAGCCAACUGCUAGUGAAUCAGAACAGCUGAGUUGGGGGGGCCUCACAGAUCACCCAGCCUGACCUCAUUGUAUAUUUGGGGAGAAUAAGGUCGUGAAAGAAAGUUGCCUCGUUACCCACAGAGAUUAAGGAUUGGGCCAGCACUCAGCCAUGUGUCUCUGGCCCAGCCCUUCCAGCCCAGCUUUCAGCCUGAAAGAUUUUACUGAUUGUUCAUUUCUUAGGGGAUGUUGGGAAGAAAUCAGCAGAUGACUGUUGCUAAGCAACCACAGGCAGUUUUCCCAACGGUCUUGGAAUCAAAAGGAGAGGAACUCACCAUGAGUGGGGUUUGGGCAGCUCAGGUAUCCCUAUUUUCCUCAGGUCCAAAAUGUUGCCAAGGAAAUGCGGAGAGCCGCUGCUUUCCAGAAAGUAGUGAUGUUGUCAAUAGAGAAGGCUUAGAUCAGCAGGAUUUCCCCGGGAAGUCGGCUCCUCCGGGAGGGAGGGAAAGGCCUCUUUCUUGGGUCUGUGCCUCCGGUUCUGAAUGUUCAGCGUCCUGUUUGUCAAGUCCCUUACGUGGUUUUGAAGUUACACUGUCCUCAGGUAUCUCCUUAGGUGCUUGGCAGGAGGGCAGUGGUCGGAUGAGGAACAUGCAAGGCUGUGUCUCCCUUGGGGUUUAAACAGACUCUCAGUGCAUUAGUUUGAACCAUAUAAAACUGCCCGUUUCCAGGGGUUUUUUAUUUUUUUUUAACCUAAAAACAGUACUUUGAUAUGAGGCAGUAUAACACAAGUAGAAUACAAGGCAGAAGGAACCUCGAAAGUGGCUUUAGUCCUAACCAAAUCAUUUAAAACUCUAGCUUGGCUAGAUCUUUUAAACACUGCACUCCAGGAAAAGGGAAAUUUAUUCUACUGGGGAUGGCCCAGAGCUGAAUUCUGACAGGCAGAGGGCAUUCCUGACAGAGGGAGAUGGGUAUGCUUGACCCCACAUCUCUGUUUCGUCUCUGCGCACCAAGACUUAUUCCCAGACUUAUUCCCAGCCACAGGGCCCAAGUAAAAAUCCUUGCUAUUUUGCCAGGCACUGUUCUAAUGCUUUACAACUAUUAACUCAUUUGAUCCUUACAUCACCCCAGGAUAAAGAUAGUUUGACAGUUGUACACGUGGCAAAACUUAGAGAAUGAGUAACAUGCCCAGUGUCUCACAGCUAGUGGUGGGGCUGGAGUCUGUACGCUUCCACCAUGUUCAGGGGAAUGCAGCCAGUCUCGAGCCGGUGCCUACUUGCUCUGGCCCCUCUCUCAUGAGGCCUGUGAGGCCCUGCUUUUCCCUGGUUACACUGUGGGAUUGAGUCUGCCUUUGGGUUACCUUCCAUGGGCUCCGAGAGGAAGUCUUACACCCCGAGGGAGAUUUGAAGUUUGGGGAUUCAUGUAUUGUAGCAGGAGUCAGAGCUGAACUAUAAAGGACAAAAACUACAGUUUUUGUCCACAAUCAUUUGUGACCUCAGGCUAGUCACUGUACUUGAUGGGAGAUCAUCUGUAAAGUGGGAUUAAUGACCCUACCUACCAGUGCUGUGAGGCUCAAAUGCGCCCAGAGGAUGUGAACUACCCUGAAAACUAGUGCUUGUACCAUGCCAGGACCUGUUAGCAUCCCAGUGGGGUUCCUGUUGGGCCUGGCAGUGCUAAGACAGCCAGUAUUCCUAGCUGUCAUCUGGCAGGAGCAGGCGCCUCCAGCAGCACUCGGCACAGGACUGAACCUUCUUGGGGUCCAGGUCUGAAAUGGUACCCAUCACUUACUGUCUUUCAGACUUGAAUUUGUAGAAAUUUUUUUUAUUAAUAAGAGCAAAUUGCUUGCAGAUGUGGUUUGUUUUAAUAAAACAUGAAUACCAUCCCUUUUAA